AUUUUGGUAUUCUUUCUACUUAAUUUUUAAAAGAAAGAGUAAAUUAAAAUACAAUUUUAAUAAUAUAUAUUGGAUAAUGACAGCGUCAAGUAUUCAGAGUUCUGAUGAAGUAGACUUUGAUGUAUAUCGAAAAGAAUACGAGUCUGUAGAACACUGGAAUUUAAGGAAAAAUUUUAUGAUUCAUCACUGGGAUAAAAUCGACGAUGAAGAAGAAAUCUUAUGCUGUGCACAACUGUUUGUGAACAUUGAGUUCCUUGGAUGUAGAUAUGCUGCAGAAAUCAUGCAAAAGAUUAAAUUAAUGUCAGAUGAUGUUCCACAAAUCAGAAAGUAUCGUGAAAGUAGACAUAAUAAGUUAAAGAGAACAUUUGUAACAGCACAAGAUGCUAUUCAAGCUAAAUAUAAUAAGACAACACCAAAAACUGUUCAACAAACAAGGACUUUUACACCUAAUCAUUAUCAAUCCAUAGAAUAUCCAGCCACAAAAUGCUUUAAGAUUGACACAAAUCAGAAGAACAGCGUUGCACAACAGAAUGGAUGGAGUACAGCUGAUCAAUUACAAUGGGAAAGUUAUGUUCAGGCAACUAGUCAAACUGAGCCAUGGACAAAGCUUAUUGCAGCACAAAAAGCCAAGAACUUGAAGGUUCUGCUAAGAGAUGUGAUAGUAUUUGAGAAUGAUGAAGACAAUGACAUGAAUUACUGCCUAAAUAAAACUACUGCCUGCAUAAGAAAGGUUGGUAAGCUUGACAUCAAAUUUGAUGAAGGAACGACGACGUAUUAUUAUGUUUUCAAGGACCAAAUCAUUGCUCAAGGAACUGGUGAAUCUAAGAAGGUUGCAAAAAAGGCAGCUGAUGAAGAUUUUAUUAAAGUUCUUCGAGAGAACUGCUAUACAAUUCGAUCAAAGUUAAAAUUCUAUUCAGGCGAGGACGUGAUUAAGAAAACUGGAAAUAAGCCAGUUAAUGAGAAGCCAAAUCAAAUACAAGAAGGCAAUCUAGGCUUUAAGCUUCUCUCAAAAUUAGGAUGGAAAGGUGGAUCAUUGGGAUCUAAUGGAACUGGAAUAAUUGAUCCAAUUAAUCUAGAAAUUAAAAUCGGACGUCUUGGAUUAGGCAGUGAAAAUGCUAAUUUUGAUCAAAAUUACUUCCGAAAUUUACUGCAGGCUUUUAAACAGAAUCAAUUGGAAUAUGACUUGAUAUUUUCAUCUGAAUUCGGGAAAGAAGAGCGAGCAUCCAUUCAUCAAAUCGCAGCAAAGUUAAAUCUUCGUACUAAAAGCUAUGGAAAGGAUGAUUCACGCCACUUAGUGAUCUCAACACGAAUAAGUCCACAAGUUCUACGUCAAAAAUUGAUUGAAGGCGAUGAGUACUUGAGAGAAAAGUAUGAAUUGAUUCCUCCUCCAUUUGUUAAGGUAGUCAAGCCACGAUUACUUUAAUCAAAUGAUAUAACAUCAUUUAAUUCACGAAUCUGAUUGAUUAAUUGAGUACAAAUUUCUUUAGUUGUACUGUCGGCAGUGUUCAUCAGCAUCUUAAAGUCAUCUUCAUUUUGUGAUAGCUAUUUUUUUGAGAUUAAAUAUUAUUAACUGAUAAUAAAACAAUAGAGAAUAAGUGAUUCUUACCUUUUGUCUUACUUUUAAACAAAAAUCAUUUGUUUGUGAAUCUUUUAGCAGUUGACUAAUUAAUGAGACAGCAAUUGAUUGAAUUUCAGCUGUAUGAUGUGCAUUAAAGCAAUUAAUGAUGUUAUCGACACUAUUUUCUAAUGAUUCUAUCAAGAAACUGCCUUGCUUUGUAAAUGUCAAAUUAUAAAGCAUCAUAAUUAUCAUACGUUUAAGUAAAGGACCUCCAACACUUGGCAUCGGAAUUCCUCCCAUAUAUGAUAUAACAUUCCUAAAUAAAUUCUGUCCUGUGACACGUUCAAGAACGAAUUCACGUCCAACAGUUUGUGCCAUAAUAUUGAUGCAUAUGCCAAGAAGUGAUAGAAUGAAUUGAAACUCGUAUGUAUCGACAUCAGGCAAGCCAUCCUUAUAGGUUUCAUCAAAUGAAGAUAUUGUCUUGUUCACAAGAUUCAGGAACUGAUUCAUAGAUCCAGUUUCGAUGUAUGUUUGAAUUGCUUGCGGGUUUUUUGACGUUUUCCAUAGCAUUUUUGAAAGAACUGAUCCAAUUACUGCUGUGUAUGUAAGACUAACGUUUGUUUCUUCAUCUAAUUGAUCAUAUUUCUCCUUUAAAGCGCUAUUUUCUGUCUUCUGGAUCUCAAGUUGUUCCUUAAUAUCAUUUGUCAUCUUUAGCUGUUCUUCAUAUUUUUCUUUCAUCUCUGCAUUCUGCUUCUUUUGGAGCUCAACUUCAUGUCUUAGUUCAUUAAUCGUCUUCUGACUUUCUAGCUGCUGCUUUUCGGAUUC